AUCUCUUUGUUAAAAAAUGUUCCGUUAUUCGACCGUUAUUCUGGUUUAGUGAAGAGAAGUGAAAAACGCGGCGCAGCAAAUUUAUUUCCGUGAAUUUUGUGGUUUAAAAAAUGGAUGAAGGUGCAGGAAGCUCUAAAAGUGGUGGCUAUGGUAGCCCACGGGGUAAGAGGACCCAACGAUCACCGCCAUCUCCACCAAUGAAUCCUUCAGGAGGGGCAAUUCGAAAAGCUCGCCAAGAGAGCCCUUCCCCGGAAAAAAGUAUGGCGGUCCCUGGAAGCCCUCAAGAAGGAAUAAAACGUCGCAAUAAGCCGCCACCAAUCGAGUUAGGUUUGUUAUCCACUUGGAGAGACAGAAAUAAGGAACCUGAUCGUUCCGAUUCACCAAUAUCACCGGCAUCACCAAAAGUACCGAUAUCACCAAGAUCGCCAAAAGUUACUGAGCCUAGCGCUGAUUUCGAAAAAGAAUUGGAAGAGCUGAAAAAAGCUCCCCACAUGUCUGAUGAAAAACUUUUAUCAUUUCUAAUGAUGGAUUCCGUGCAAGCAUCACUUGAAAUAUUCGCGAAAAUUGAGCCAUUCAUUCGUACAGUUCACUAUGAAGAGAAUACCCAUGGAACUGUUGUCAUCCUCAUAAAUAUCCUGGGCAAAUUGCAUGAGACUCCAAUUAAAUUUCUCCUGGAAGACUUAAUGCGACCCAUUUUGGCAGAAAACACCAAAUUUCACCAUGGCCUUACGGAAUACAUAAAUUAUGCCAUUUACCUUCAGAUGAACAAUGAAGUUAAUUCGAUUCCUUACGCCGAUGGAGUUUGGAGCAGUUUGGAGAGAAUCUGCAAGUAUGCAAAGAAGAUUGAAGGAUUAACCGGAACCAACAACUGUUGGGCUUCCCUCACUGGGCACAUAUGUCGCAUACUCCACGGGAAUAAACAUGAAGCUUUCGUUGAAAAAUAUUUGAUAUUCAGUGGAUUGUAUGAAGAAUUGAGACACAAUUACUUCUAUAGCGGGAAGAUUUAUGCCACACUGCAUGAUUUGCAAAACCCCAAACUUCAUAUACCUCAAAUCACAAAUGGGUCAUUCAGGAAUGUGCACGAUUACUUGGAUUUUCAAGUUAAUUAUUUAAAAGAUUACUUCCUAUCUCGAGUUGGUGAAGGAAUAGCCCAGUAUAAUGCGCUCGAUAAGGAACAGAAGAAAAAGGCUGUCUUUAGGGACUUUUAUGGCAUAAACAUCUAUCCACGCGUGAAACUCCACGACCCAUUUCAUAAACAAGAGUUUUUAAAAUACUACUAUCUUGAUUUGGCGCCCUUCCACCGGAAGGACGGUGUAUUGUUCUCAAACGUUUGGGACGAAGUAAUUGGAAGGGAUUUACGUAAAAAUAUUCCAGUGGUUUACCUUCUGUCUACAACAAGUAAUUUCACGAAGGACAUCAUCACAGCCGUAUCAGUUAAGUUUCCAAAAAAUAUGGCGACAUACAAUAAAAAUGGUUAUGCUAUGAUUCAAAUUUUCGGAUUGGAAAAUAUCUAUGAAACUAUCCUCAACAGGGAUCUAUUCCUUGUAACAAUACCUGAGACUUUUGAACAAAAAUUUCAUACACUAAAAGUCCUUCAGUACACAUCUGCAGCGGAAAUUCCAAUGAAGGAAUACUUGGUUCAUUGUGAGAGGCCCGUGAAUCUGCUGCCUGAGCAUUUGAAUGAUUUGCAAAAUUUUGAACUGAAUAUGCAGCAAUUUGAGGCAGUCCAAAAAGCGCUUUCGCAAAGAGUGACCGUAAUUCAUGGAUAUCCUGGAACUGGAAAGUCACUUGUCUUUCAUCAUAUCAUGAAGCAUUUGCUUUCUAGAACAUCACACAAAAUUCUAGUGGUUUCCUACCGAAAUUCCUUUUUGGAUGAUGCCAUGGUGCGUUGUUUGACACUAACGAAUAGUAUUGUUCGAGUUGGCACUUCCGUAACUGAAGAAGGCUUAAAGAAUUACGUGCUGCCGGAAGAGAUCUUAGUAAAAGAUAAAAGAUUUAUUAAAAUCAUCAACAGAACAUUAUACGAAUUUCAAUCAGCAGUAAUAGAAUUUAAUGCUACAUCGGCAAAUCCUCCAGAAUACGAAGAAGGUCAACAGAAUCCCAUUGACAAGAAAUUUCAAAAUGUCUACCACAAGCUUUUGAAGGAAGCUGAUUUGUUGCCCUUUCAAUACUAUUUAACUCGCCACAAUAUGAGAAUAAUGGGGAUUACGUCAGUUGGAGCUGCAAAAUAUCGUUUGUAUGUGGAAUUCUUUCGUCCCACAGUUGUUAUCGUGGAAGAUGCUGCAUUGUUGCCUGAGCCACAUCUCAUUACAGCCUUAAAAAACUCCACAGAACAUUUGAUUAUGAUUGGAGAUCCGACGCAGAUUUCCUUCGGCAAAACUACAUUUCCGAAUCAUCUCCCUGGAACAACAUACUUUGAACGAACAAUUGAAAAAGGGUAUGCAGUCAAACUGAAUAUUCAAUACAGGAUGCACCCGGAUAUUGCUGAAUUGGUACGUGACGUUUUCUUCAAUGAUCUUGUUGAUGGGGAUGAUGUGAGAAAUAUCCUACCCAUUAGUGGAAUUGGAAGAAAUCUCUUCUGCGUCACAACAACUAUUGAACCAAUCGAAGUUGCGAACAGAGAACUGCUUGGUUUAUGUGCCAACAACUUUGCUUACUAUAAAAUCGCCUACGCUACAAAAGAAAAUGUCGCCACCCUGCUUUUUAUUUCGAAACUUGUACUUUAUUUGUUCAAUCAUGGGUAUACCAAAAACGAUAUUGUAAUACUGACAUCGGAUGAUGCACAUGAAGAUGCUGUUGAACGCUGUAUGUCAAUCUUUACGAUAUACAAAAAUGUUCAAGUCAAGUCGAUUAAUCACUUUGCUGGCAAAGAAUGUCGUCUGGGAAUUGUUUGUCUUCUAAGAAAUGAAAAUGAGAAGGAAAUUGGAUUUCCAGAGGAGGAAGGAAUUCUCAGCUCACUCUUGACUCGAGCACGAGAAGGUCUGAUUAUUGUUGAAAAUCUAAGCACCAUGCCGGAAGAAAAUCAAGUCUGGAAGAGAGUGUCAUCGAAGUUACGGGAAAUGCAAGCUAUUGCAACAUAUUUUCCGGCUAGAUGUGAAGUACACGGAGCUGAGAUAAAAAUGGUGACCUACCUGGACUUUGAGAUCUUUAUCAAUGAAGGCUGUAGUAUUGGAAGUAGAUUACCAUGUAUGGAUGGAAGACAUCCGUGCCUGAUGGGUUGAAUUUUUAGAAAAUCGUCAAGGAUGUCUCAAAGAGGGCUCAAGCAAAGUGAAUUCUUAUAAAAAAAAAAUGUUUGCUUUACUCGUUUUCUGAUUAUGUUAUGUAAAUCUGGUUAUUCUUAAAUAUUUUUUUUUUGAUUAUGUUAUGUAAAUCUGGUUAUUCUUAAAUAUUUUGUAAUAAAGGUUUUGUAAAGUUCUAUUGUUUAUUGUAAAAAAAAAU